UGGAAUGACUCUCGCUGCCAAGAGCUACAAGCCAUGAAUCAGGAAAGUUCCCAUGCCCGGACCGGAGCUUUGAAAACUGAGGGAUAUUUUGAGGCGACUAUGAGAAGAUGAAGAGACAAAACGUGCGGACACUCGCCUUAAUCAUCUGCACUUUGUCCUAUUUGCUCAUUGGAGCGGGAGUUUUCGACGCUCUCGAGUCAAAGCAAGAGAAAAGCCAGAAGGGCAAACUCGACUAUCGCAAAUUUCUGCUCAUGCAUAAAUACAACCUCACCAGGCUUGACUUUGAUCAGAUUGAGAAGGUCGUGUUGCUUCUGAAGCCCCACAAAGCCGGAGUCCAGUGGAAGUUCUCCGGGUCUUUCUAUUUCGCCAUCACUGUGAUAACAACCAUAGGUUAUGGCCAUGCCGCCCCCAGUACGGAUGCUGGUAAGGCAUUCUGCAUGGGAUAUGCACUUCUGGGCAUCCCCCUCACCCUGGUGAUGUUCCAGAGCCUGGGCGAACGCAUUAACACCUUCGUCCGCUUCCUGUUGCACAAAGCCAAAAAAUGCAUGGGCCUGCGGCGGCCGGAAGUCUCCAUGGCCAACAUGGUGAUCAUCGGCUUUUUCUCCUGCGUCAGCACCUUAUGCAUAGGAGCAGCUGCCUUCUCCCACUACGAAGGUUGGACCUUUUUCCAUGCCUUCUACUACUGCUUCAUCACCCUCACCACCAUCGGCUUUGGUGACUACGUAGCCCUACAAAAGGACAACGCACUCCAGAACGACCCUCAUUACGUGGCCUUCAGUUUUGUCUACAUCCUGAUGGGCCUCACUGUCAUCGGUGCUUUCCUCAAUCUAGUGGUGCUACGCUUUAUGACCAUGAACACAGAGGACGAGAGAAGAGAUGCCGAGCAGAGAGCGCUGCUCUCCAAAGAUAAACACAAAGGUCCAGUUUCACGCCGUGCAGAACCUCCGAGCCCAUCCGCCGUGGGCCGAGACAAAAGACGAGGGCUGAAGAGCGUCUACGCCGAGGUGCUUCACUUCCAGACGGUGUGCUCCUGCCUGUGGUACAGAAGCCGAGAGAAAUUGGUGAUCCUCCCGCAAGAUCUGUCAUUCACUGAUGCGCUUAUGGAGCAAGGAGACGUGUCGCCCCAUCACUUCUUUGAAAACGGCCCCACUGGGUGCGUGUGUAAUCCUCAACGCUGCUCGGCCAUUAGCACUGUGUCUGCUGACCUGAGAAACAUCUCGCCGUUCAGGCUCUUCUCCAAGAGACGCAGCUCUGUCUGAAUCACCUCACUUUCUUACACAGUCCUGUAGAUCUUUAUUGAGUCACAUGAUUUAUUUUCACAUUAAGAUGCUCGAACGGACCACCCAAGUGUGAGGUGGACUGAGUCUUCUUACACAAACACAUCUAUGCUCUAUAAACACUGGAUGUCAAUAUACUUCAAAUUUACACCUUGAAAUGGUGCAAUAGACAAUACUUUAAUAUAAUCUGCCCAAAAAAAGUCUGAUGUGGAAUAUAAUUGUACACUGUUUGUCUGAAAUGCUUAUGGUAUUGGUGUUGUGAAUGUGUUCAUUUCAGUCGUUUUAGUCAUAUUUGUCUUUGCAUUCUAGGAUUUUGUGCCAUUCACAACUGACCUGAGAACUGAACUGCCUUUGGAAUAGCAAUUUUAGCAUUUGCUCACCCCCAAAAUCAAAGUUCAGUCAUUAGUUACUCACCCUAAUGUCAUUCAGAGUCCCUUUUUUCCCUCUUCAGAACACAAAUUAAGAUAUUUUGGAUGAAAUCCAGGAGCUUUCUCAUCCUCCAUGGACAGCAAAGGUCCAGAGACGUUCAAAGUCCAAAAAAGGAAGCAAAAACAUUGUCAAAACAUACCAUUCAACUUCAGUGGUUCAACUGUAAUCACACAAAGCCCCAUGAACCAACAUUUUGGAAUGACAUGAGGGUGAGAAAUAAAUGAAUGACAGUUUUUAAUCUUUAGCAAGCUAUAGCUAUAGCUACACUUGACUUGACUUAACUAGAUUUAGCAUCCACUCAUAAAAUUGUGACACUGGACGAUGUGCACCAAGUUACAUAUACUCAGGCAACCAGCAGUUUUGCAAGUAAACCAAAGUUUCUCGGGCAAUGCAAAAUAAAGGUACCCCAUCUCAUAUUUUUCCUACCAGCGUUGCCCCUUUCAGACUCCCUGCAUGAUAAGCAUUUUUAAUGCUUAGAGGUGUGGCCUUUAGUUGUUGAACUAAAUCUAGCACCCAUUAUUUAUAAUAAGUAUUGUGAGAAACGAUGAGAGAUAUUAUUCCCAGACUGUACCCUUUUAAUGUAAUGUCCUGCCUACAAUGCUAGACGUCAGUGUAACCAGUAAAAUGAAACACCUAUCAGGUGUUUGUGGAUCCAGAUGGCAUAUCGACAUGACUCCCGCUCUCCGCCCAGCUCUGUACGGCAUGAUAAAACAAUAAUCUGACCUUUUGAAACCUACUAAAGUACAUUAUCCCGAUGGAGGUCACGUGGAGUGAUAAAAAUACGCAGAUUGGCUAGGGUAUAACUGGGACAGAGUUGUCUAUAUAACAAUGAUAUCAGAGUCAACAUCUAUGCACGGAAAGUGUAUAAAACUCUUGAACCCGAGGAAUUUAAUUACUCUUGAUGUUGAGCACUUAAAUGUCAGCCUUGAAGAUGAAGUAUAAAUAUGACCUUGGUCUGAACUAGAGCUCAAGGAAAAACAGCAUUUAUCCCAUACGGGCCCUCCGAGUGCUCUCAGCACCGAUCUGGACGUCGUGUUCUGUGUGUCCCCCGUGACUCAGAGAGGCCUUGCUGCUCAUGCUAUGUUUGGCCCACACAGGAUAGUGUGCCAUCAUCACAUCCUGCCAAGGAGAAAGCGCUUUGUGCCCAAGACUUUGCCUUCAGCUAUUAAACCUGCAUGACACGGUGACAGAAGGAACGCCAUUACGACAAAUGCCUGUAUUGCCCCCCAUGGUGGCGGCAUCUGUUGCUUUUCCUUCUGGAUUUUUUUUCAGAUUGGCAUCAACAUCCAUGUGAAAGCUAAAAUUUAUCUUUGGCCAGCAGGUCAAUGGGAAUAGGACAGCAUGUACAUUUAUGUUUCUAUUUUUGUCCUUCCUAUAAAGGAACGAGGGUAAAAAUAACUCAUUGUUGAUUUGAGUAAUAAUAAA